AUGGCUUCCGCUGACUCAGAGCCCGGCUGGGGCGAGGAGGGGCCUCGUGGGAGCACCGCGGGUCUGAGGCAGUGCCGGCACGUGGAGCGUCGUCACCCGGCCGCCUUGGGUGAGGACCUGGGCAUCCGCCCUGGCAGCCCCUGCGGCCCAGGGGAGACGCCCGAGCCCCCGCUUGUUUGUGGGGCUCUCUGUGGACUCUGGCUGGACGCUUUGCGACGCCAGGAGAUGAGGGCCCUGCUCCUGACCCUCGGCCUCGUUGCCUCCCUGCAGGCCCAGGUCGCCCCAGUCCUGGACAGCUCGACUGAGGACGUGUCAGGAAAGUGGUAUCUGAAGGCCGUGACCACAGACCAGGACGUUCUCGGGAAGGAUCAGGAGUCGGUGCUGGCCAUGACCUUCAGCGUCCUGGAGCGGGGCGACCUGGAGGCCAAAGUCACCUCGCAGGCUGACGGUCGGUGCCAGGAGGCGAGCCUGCUCCUGGAGAAGACCGACGAUCCCGGCAGGUACACGGCCUACGGGGGCAGGCGUGAGGUGUUCAUCUUACCGUUGCGGGCGCGAGACCACUUCAUCCUAUACUGUGAGGGCGAGCUGGCUGGGCGGCAGGUCCGCAUGGCGAGGCUUCUGGGAAGAAACCUGGAGAACAGCCCGGAGGCCUUGGUGGAAUUCACGGAGUUCGCAGAAGCCCAAAGUUUGAACCUGGAGAUCUUCAGGCCCCUGCAGAGCGAAACUUGCUCUCCCGGAGGAAACUAGGGUGUGAAGUCCCUCCUCACCCCCCUGUAUCACCGUGACUCUGAUUCCCAAAGAGCUGCUUAGAAGGGUCGGAGCUGGGGUGCCCCACGCAGAAAGCUCCGACCCCCGGGUCCCUCACCGGCGGCAGGUGCCUUGGGAGGGUGGCGUUUCAGCAGCGGGCCCAAGGUUACCUGCCCAGGUGUGAGCAGAGUCAGAGUCCAGAACAUUGUCACAUUGCCCUCACUGGCCUGAAGUCACGUCGUCACACCUUCACACGUGGGCUUGGAGGCCUGAAGACAACCUUGUGGAAGGACCCCUUUACUUGCCCAGGGCUCCCUGAGGGCCCCACACCCCCCGCUGCCUCACUCGGAGCAUGCUGCCCCUCCCCCGUCCUGGCAUCAUGACCCGCCCCCUCCUCUGCAGGGCAGGGGGCACCGAGGGGCCACGGCAGCCCCCGGGCAGCACCUUCAGGAGCGUCCACCCUGCAGGACGUGGAGGGAGCCCUGUCCCUGGGGCACGGGCCGCUGCACCCCCUCCCUCGCAGCUCCCCACCCAUCUCCUGGCUUCA